GUUGGGAAAUAUGGUUUGGCGCUUUGCCUUCCAAAUUUAGGUAGCUACUGCGGAACUCAAAAACACCCAGAUUUCAUUUUUAAUUUAUAAUCAAUCACAAUCAUGAACCUGCUUAAACAGAUCGAAUAAAACCCCACCUCGAUGGUAGUAGUAAAUUUUCUUUUUCUUUGAAAACACAAAAGAAAGAAGAGUAAUGAUUAGUUAGACAUGUCUCAGAAUUUUGACUCGCCCCCUUCCUCCUCCUCGUCGCGUUGGUGGUUAUCUCUUCGUUCAUCUUCUUGGUCUUUCUGAAAAGGUAUGGAGUGUUUUGACGUCUUGAAAAGAUCAUGGUGCAGUGCCUAGACGGAUUAAAGCAUUUGUGGGCUGCUGUUGUUAAUUGUUGUGAUACUGAUUUGUAUAACCAACCCAAGGGUCUUCAAGAUCCAGAAGCUCUUGCAAGAGAGACAGUCUUUAGUGUUAGUGAGAUAGAAGCGCUGUACGAACUGUUUAAGAAGAUUAGCAGUGCUGUAAUUGAUGACGGGCUGAUCAAUAAGGAAGAAUUUCAACUGGCAUUGUUCAAGACAAACAAAAAAGAGAGCUUAUUUGCUGACCGGGUAUUUGAUUUGUUUGAUACGAAGCACAAUGGGAUACUAGAUUUUGAAGAGUUUGCACGUGCUCUCUCUGUCUUUCACCCCAAUGCACCAAUUGAUGAUAAGAUCGAAUUUUCAUUCCAAUUGUAUGAUCUCAAACAGCAAGGGUUCAUCGAGAGACAGGAGGUAAAGCAAAUGGUGGUGGCCACACUUGCUGAAUCUGGUAUGAAUCUUUCGGAUGACGUGAUAGAAAGUAUCAUUGACAAGACCUUUGAGGAAGCUGAUACUAAACAUGAUGGAAAAAUUGACAAGGAAGAGUGGCGAAGCCUUGUUUUGCGACAUCCAUCCCUUUUGAAGAAUAUGACUCUUCAAUAUCUCAAAGACAUCACCACCACAUUUCCGAGUUUUGUUUUUCACUCGCAAGUCGAUGAUACCUAAGUUUCAAGCCUACAACAAGUUGAUAGUCGAGAGCGGGAAGAGCUUGUUUUUUCUUUUACUGUCAAUAUGGCUUUUUCUGCGCAAAGGUUCAUCGAGUAGAGAGGAUAUUGAUUAUUUUUUCACAUUUUCAUUGAACAGAAGUUCGUCUCCCUUUUCAGAUAGAACUUUUUAGCCUGAACAAAUGGGUUUCAGUUAUUUGUUUGUUGGUUGGUAUGAUUGUUUCUUUUUCUUGUUUUGGUUCACUAGAAGUAAGAGGAGAAAGGAAUCCAGUGGCAUUUCAUCAUACUUGUAAUCAAUCAAGUUUUUGUGCGGCUAGCAUUCUGUUCAUUUGCCUCAGUAGGUUGAUAAAUUGGGAAAGUACACGGCAUGCCUGCAAAUGAGGUGAACUAGAAGCAGAUAUGUUGGAACAAACUGGACAUUGUGGCAUUGGCUUCCCUAGUGUUUUUUGUACAACUUUCUUCUCUAGUAAAAAUGGAAUUGCUUUUUCCCCUUUAAUUGUGUGUAACCCCUGGCAGUCAGUUGGUGGUUCGUGUAUAUAUGCACGGUAUCAUUUCUGCAAAGAUGUAAAGCUAUUUCUGCAGAUUAGCUUGGAUGAUGCAAUGAAAUACAAGUGUUGUUGCAUGUA